AUGGAAGGGGUGAAUCCACUCAUCACCUACAAAGUUUCCGAGUUGGCCGCUCGAUAUGCGGAUAACGUGCUGGGAAUGCGAUGCACCGUGUUGGAUGCGUUUCUUCGCGAUGUCGGGGAGCCCCCUUACAUGAGUUCAGGGGUGCGCUUGAGUGCAUCCGUAAUCCCUGAGCUGGGUGACAGCCACGACAUCACGGCAUUCCCUCGUUUUUUCUUCAACGCACUAAAUUCCAACCUGCUCAAGGCGCUCGAGGAUCCACAGGAGUUCUGGAUGAAGCUGCCCCCGUUGCACUGCGUACGAUGCAUCCCGUGCUGA